CUCCAUUGUUCUCGUAGCAAUAAUUUAAGGAUAAUUCACUUGACUUCCAUGUGUCACUGCUACCCGAAUAGCAAUUUGCCGACAACAACCCGCUUUGAGUCAGCUUCACUUGCUCACAUGUCGCUGAAUAACUACCACACAGUGCCAACGCCGCGUUCAUACCCAGAAGGAUUGCAACACUCGACCACAUUAUAACAUUGACAAUUCGAGCACUCUGACUCACUAUGGUCAAAGGCACAUGGUUAGUCCAGGGAUGUACUUAUACCCUACUUUCAUUCUAUCAUGCCUAAUACUCGUUUGCGUGCCAUGUCAAGUUGUACGACACCGUGGAAAUACCCAAGGUAUAUGGCAUCCCCCAAAUUUCGGGGGAGCUCAGUCUCUCCACCUCCACGUUUGGUACUAUUUUCCGUCAUCCCUUUAGGGCCUGGCUUCCCUUAAGAUAGAAAUAUAAAGAGCCCUUUCUUUAGUGAGGCCUAAUCGUUCCUGGAGCACGGCAU